GCCGUCGAGGCCAUGGCGAUGGGCUCGGCCAUCGAGGCCGCCAUCGACGAGGUGAAGCCCGUGAUCAUGGAGGUGAUCGCCCAGCACGAGGCCUCGGGCGAUGACGACGGCACAAAGCAGAUCAUGGUGGCCGCCGAAAGCAUCAUCAAGCUGCUGGUCGGGAGAAAACUGGCGACGGAGAAGGUCACAGACGUGCACGACUUGCUGCAGGUGAUCUUGCAGGGCGUCUUCAGGUACGACAAGUGCGCUGGGGCGAUCUGCUUUGAGAUGGCACCGUCGGGCAAGGCUCGGGAGUCCCAGUGGGCCUUCAACCAGGCGCUUACUUCCUCGAGUUCUGGGUAUCUGCCAGCGUUCGAGGCCUCGGACUUGAAGUACCUCUCUGUGACGUGCUCUCACACCGUUGCGGGCGCGAGGUGCGUGGCGUUGUCAGCGAGGGGCACCAUGCCAGAGAUCUUGGACGACCGUGGCUACAUCGCUCGCGACAAGGUGAUGUCGAUCUGCUCUUCCUACGAGCAGCCUCUCGUUCAAGGGAUGCCGUGGACAGUGAUUCGCCACGAGGUGGACGCUGCAAUUCCAGAGCUGGCGUCGUUCCUGCAGGAAGCCGACAACGCCAACCACGGCGCAAAUCGGCAACAAAGCAAGAUGCAGACUCUCCUGCAGAUCCACAGGUGCGCCACGCAACACCUCAAGACGUUCGGUGAGAUCAGGUGGCCGAUCAUCGAGCGCCAGAUCGAGAAGACUCGACCGCACCUCCGCGGUCAAGUGGGGGACAUGGGCCUCUUUGUCUCGGCGUAUUCGGGCGGUGAAGACGGCUGCCUUCUGCAUGAGCUCCACGCGUUCGCCCAGACAGUGGGCGAUUGCAGGAGGGACGUCCACGGCAGCACCUUCGCCAUGCUCGCGAAGCUCAACUUCAUGCGAGGCCCCGAGUACAUGACCUCCUGCAUCAAAGCGUGCUUGUGCGCUCCCGAUUCGCAUUGCCGCGACGGCGUCGCGAAGUUGCUCUGCAACGCGGACAUGGCUACCAUCAAAGGUUCCAAGAAGUCGGACAUCAGUGCUUUCUUGGCGAUGACGGCUGCAGCAAAAAGCUUCCUCGCCAACUUGGCGAGCGUGACUCCUUCGGCAAAGGCGAAGGUGUUGGGCCACAUGCAGGUGAGGUGCGUCCUUCUGUUUCACAACAAGCAGUCGCGCAACAACAAGAAGUACCACAACCUCGGGGAGAUCAAAAACAAAUUCCUGGAGGAGGUCGAAGCUCUCUGCCCUGGGGCCACGUCCGAGGGGCCCUGGAAGAAGACGGAGACGCUGGAGGUCAGCAGUGGGACUGCCUCCUCCGCGGGUUCGCGCGGUCUGGUACAGUUCAACGCGGCGUCCGACGGCAUGAUCCUCGCCGACCCCGCGCUACGCGAUCUUGGCUUCAAGAUCGGCGACGUCGUGCGCAAGGUCUCUGACGAGAGCUUCAAGUGCGCCAUCUUCGGCAUCGAGGGCGGUGAGGUGACCCUGCAGCAGCUUGCUCCCAAGGUGAAGGGCAAGAAGCGCAAGGUCGACGAUGACGACGACCAGCACCACCUCGUCAUCGAUAGCAACGUGCUGGCCGACGAGUACCAG